UAUUGUGUAAACAAAGUCACUCCAAGAUUGCUGGAUUUUGUAUGUAUUCGUUGAAGAGUGUAUUUAAGUGUUUUAAUUUUUUUAAGUUUAUAAAUUUAAGUGCAAUGAGACCUAAUGAAAACUCAAAUAGCCUAGUUCAGAUUAAGUCGUUUGUAAUGUUUGAUUUAGAAACUUCAGGAUUACACCCCAGGACAAGAAUUACCGAAAUAGGUCUCGUUGCUGCGUUGCGAGAACACAUUGAUGAUGCUUAUAAGUCAGGUAUUAGACUGCCUCGCGUGGUACACAAGCUUAAUUUGUGUGUAUAUCCCAGUCGCCUGAUAGAGUCCGGCGCAUCUAAUGUGUCUGGGUUAGACAACAUGCUGCUACAAGAACAGAAGCCGUUUGACUGUGAUACGGUCAGCAUUAUGGAAGGCUUCUUGCGCAGACUGCCACCUCCUGUGUGCUUGGUCGCACACAAUGGAGACCGAUUUGAUUUUCCUGUGUUGCAGGCAGAGCUCAAAAGGAUAAACAAGGUUCUUCCAGAUAAUCUGCUGUGUGCAGAUUCAUAUAAAUGUUUUAAAGAACUUCUUACACCUAAGAAGACAAAGUCACCUGUAAAUAAUGGCUGUGAUCACGUGAGCAACAAGGCAGAACCAAUGGCCCUCUCUGAUUUAGGAAUCUAUCCCUUAUCUGCAAACGCGGGAUUGGAAGACGAAUAUGAUGGAGUUUUGUUUGACAUGUUAGUUAAGUUGGAAAAUGACCCCAGCUCUGCCGUAAGCCGGACGUUGCCCAGUCAGGUGGAGGAUCGUACGGCUACUACAGUUUCUGGGGCGCACAUUGUUACUUGUACAACUCCUUUCAAAAAUAUUCACCCACACAGUCAAGAUGUGCAAAAACAAAAUGAAACUACACCCAAACAUGUCGAAAAAAUCGCUUUUGGACUUGCGCGAUCUAAUUUACACGAAAGCAGGAAAACUGCGUGUUUUGACAGUCCAAGUACGUCUCUUAUACAACAACAGAAUGAAACCACACCUAAAGCAACCGUACGGAACAAAGCUGGUAGGGGCUGUGGAGACGGCGUUCAACCUGCGGGAAGUGUAGACACCACCGACUCCAUCAGCAACAAGAGGAAGUUUAGGAAACGUCUUGAUUUCGUUGAGCCGCCGAACGGGGCGGGCGCCCAGCCCAAGAGUUUCAAGCUGACGGACGUGUACGAGUUCCUGGACGGCAGCACGGCCGAGAACGCUCACACGGCCGACGGAGACGCCCUCAACUUGCUCAGGUGCGUGGUCGCAGUCGGGAGCGGGUUCUUGGAGUGGUCGGACAGCAACGCGCAUCGGCUCUGUGACGUGAAGCCAAGGAUCUGACGUCGGUGCCACUCGGGCCGUCAGCAGGUGUAGCAACACUCAAACCACUGUGUUUGUGCUCAGCAUCAUCUUUCUAGGGCGCCACGUUGUUUGGUUUCAUUUGAAAGUUUCUUAUCCUCAUUUUAGCUGACAAAAUCAUUUUUGCAGUUGAUUAAUUUUUUUAUAUUUUUGUUGGCGUUGUGUGGAUGUGGGGCCAGGAAUUAGUUUGUGACAGUGCGUCGGCGUGGCGUUUUAUAUGGGCGUCACCAUAUGUUUAAAGGCACACCAACCCAGCGUGCUCUCUCCGCUCAGGGCGUGACAUAGCCUAGUUAGUGCCUUGUGCAAAUAAUCUAGUCGACUCUCAGCGUCAGACAUGCUAGAUGUUAACACCAUGUGGGCUGUUGCGGCAUUCCACACGCCUCUAGAUCUCCGCGCACUCUCGUGUGGUCGAAGAGAAAAAACAUAGCUAAAGUCAAGUCUUUUAUUACUUGCUUCAUGACAGCUAACAUAAAUACUAAAAAUAAACAAUGAGAAUACUGGUAGAAAGCUCUGUGGCACAAAUCAGUUUAUUUGUAGUUCAGUGCACCCAUGUGGCUGGAUGAUAUCUUUGCGUUGGUUUCAAUGUCCCUGAGAGGUUUUGCAUUUAAUUAAGUUAAACAGUUGCCCUCCCUAGACGGCCCGGAGGAUAUCAGAAAGAGUUUACUAUGGAUUAAAGUUUAAACAGAAUUAACGUUAUCAGUAACGCACAGUUUUGAAUUCUUCGAAGUGCUAGCGUUUCCAGACUCAACGAGGUGGUAAUGAUUGAUUGGGGGUGAGAGCGCUAAGCGGUGUCCCCACGACAAGACACAAAAACCAUUCAGAGUUAACUAAAAACUAUGCUGCAGACUUUAAAAGCAGAAGAAAUAAACCCCUUUACAAAAAUUAGGACAUAAUAUUAAGCAAAUUAAUCCUUCAUAUUAGUUGUAUAUAAUGUUAUGAAAAGUAUGAGAUUAUCAUAUUUAUCAGGGGUGUGUUUAGAACAUCAGAGACCUUCUGGAGACAAAUGAAUAGAAUUAAAGUCAUGUCUUUAGAUGUAGAUAAUAUAAAAAUAACAUAGCAAAAUAAAGUAAUUAAAAUUAAUUAAUUGCGCUUGAUUUGGGUACCAGGCACUGACUAUUGUGAGGCGAAUCUGUGAUGUCACACAUGUGUCAUCAGCGGGAGGUUUGACGUGUGACGUUGGUGGGUGGAGAGUCAAAAGGUGAUCAAGGGGUGGAAGGAUGCGGAGUCACACCGGGCUCUGAGGGGCGUAGCCUCUAAACCACGUCAAUGUGGAGGUAACCAUGGCAAUGAUGGUUUAAAUCAGUGUUUCCCAAGCCCAAAAACUUAACAAAGUAGUCGAGUGGUUAGAUGUUGGUGCAUUUGUGGUGGUGCAGAAGUUCAUACUUUUCACAUCCUAUCAUUUUGUGGAACAGUAGUACGUAGAUGUAAGAUCGCAAAUCGGAGAGUGAAAUGUAAUGUGUUUCGUUGGAAAAGUUGCUUGAUUUUCAUGGCAAUGGUUACUGUGAUAUAGUCAUUUAUAAUUUUAUAGUCAGUUUUAAUAAUUCUUGUUAGUUAUUUUUUGAGAUAAAUUUGUAAUAAUUUACAAACAAAUGGUUUGUUUGAUGUUAAACUAUUUUUACCAUGCAAGAUGGUAAUAAGAUUUUUAACUUUUUGGUGAAUUCUUUUUCAGUGAACCCUUCUUAACAACUUAACAAAUUUCCUUGUCAUUGGGAAAUUAAGUUCGGAAAACCUUUUUGAAGAGUAACAUAUUGUGUGAUUAGAUGAGGUGUAAAAUUACUUCAGCUAACUAUAACUAAUCUGGGGUGUAUCUGAAGUCAGCUAUGCAUAUAAAGUCAUCCCAUAGCAAAUACUACAGUAAUAGUAAAAAAAAUACUUUGAUUCAAAAUUUGAUUAGAUAAAUUUUUUUGGCUAUGUUAACUUUGACUUUGCUUUAUACCCGAUGUACAAUAGCAUGUAAAUGGAGACUGAUCUUGCAGAACAUUUCACUAUUGCAUCUGCUUCCACAAUGCAAGAUUACAAAAUAUUAAUUUAUUUAAAAAAAAAAUCUAUUAUGCUUCGAGAUCAUAGCAUGGGCAGAAUUUACAUAUUUGAUAAAAAUAAAUUAUAAAUUAAUAAUUAAAUACUAAAUAUUCUUGUACUCGAACAAUUUUUGAAAUAUUUAUCACACAAACAAACAUGGCUACCACUAAAUUCAAAUUCUCAGCUUCUAUAGGUCACACAGAGCAUCGUAAACAGAAGAUUUUAGCAUUUCCGAGCUAAUCCGUACGGGUCGGUCUCCGUCUGCAUGCUGUUGUAGAAACUCUGUUCCGUGAGAUGUCUCUGUUUUCCUGUCAUUGUAGAACGGGCCUUAAAAUGAAAUACCCAGGUUUUCUCACCCCCAUUAUGUUAAUUGUUUAUAGUUUCAGUGGCCCAAAAUAGAUAUUCAGCACUCACCUUAUGGUCUUAUGUCGUUUACUAUUCAGUGUUUACUUAGUCAAACUUGUUACUAUGAGUUACUUCAAGAACAGUCAGGUUAUGUUUAAACAAAUUUUAGUUGAUAACCCAUAACGUCUCAGAAGAAUGAAUAAGUCACGCGUCCUGGCAGGCUGGUUCCAUUAACAGAUUUGUUUUGGGCCGUAGGCAAGUCUAGGGUCGGGCUGAAGAAUCAUCAGUAUUGUUUAAGGCCCUGCCACAAUCAACGUAAGCUUUUCAGUAGCAUAACACUGUAUUAUACAUAACAGUUGAACUCCAUGUAAUUCUAUCUGACUAGCAACAAUUGUACAUUGCAUGAGGAGCUAGCUAUAAACAUCACAGUCCAAUGAAAUGGAGAACAAAUUUUUUUUCCUGUGUUUGAUUGUGAAAUUCCUGUGCUAUUAAGGAUUAUAUUUUGUUAAUAGUGAUUGUUUCUGUGUAAUUACACUCUGAUAACUACUGCAACAUUAAUUUUUCGAAGGCUAAAACAACCAAAGUAAACCAAGGAACGUGGUUAGGUUCAUGUUCGUUGUAGCCAGGUCGCUGUGUUGGUUUUUUUUUUUUUGAAAGGGCUUAUCACAUACUAUGUUGAUUGUGGCUGGGCCUGUGUAUAAUGGCCAUGAGAACAGUGCAUAUGUAGUCUAGGAUGUAUGUAGUCUUAUUAAGAUACCACAGUGUUUGAUUGAUUGGAAUGAUUUUAUUUUUAAAUUUUAACAUAUAAUUACAUUUACAACUCUUUGUUUUACAUUAAAUAAUGUACCUGUAACUUACUUUAUGCAUGAGAGCCAGGUUAAGCAAGGGAAGUUAGAACUCACCAUCUUGUAUUUUUUAUAUAUUUUGCCACAGCCCAUAAUAAAGCUUUCAUAUUACAUUUUUUGACCUUACAUGUUGAAGUCAACUUAAGUGGACCUGUUUGAUAAUUAUAAUACGUAGUUGUGGUAGCUUAUAUGGAAUAAUUUAUUGUUCAACUGUUGUCAGCAUACUUUUUUUCCUUAGCUAUAUUUUCUAAUGCAUUGUGUCGUACAAUUCGUGACUCUUUUGACACUUAACAAGCAAAAAACAGAUAAUGUAAGCAUAGUGUGCUAACAGUACAUAUUUUUCUCCAAACAAAUGCAUCAGUUUGUGUUACUUUCAUGUAGUGAUGUGAUAUUUUUUUUUACUGUGUUAGUAUGUGAUACUUUUUUAAAUUUCAGAAUAAUUGGGUAUUUCCUGCCUGAUUCAGGCUUGUCUACUAAUAAACAUUUUACUGCAACAAGGUAUAAAAGCUUUUGAAGAUACAAUUUAUACUUAUCAUGCCAAAAGUGUGGAUAAAUAACUCAAAAUUUAAAUUGUAGCAAAAUAUGGUAAACCUCAAGAUGGUGUUUAAGUUAAUAUAUGUUUGUGGCUUUAGCUAGUCUUUAUAUAAUGUAAGAAAUAACUUCAGGUAUAAUGUUAUAAUGUUUAUAAAUGGUUUUUGAUGUUAAUAUACAAAGAAUGUUUAUAUUUUUGAUACUAUAAAAGCAUUUAAUUGAAUAAAAUCUUUAGUUAAAGUUUUCGUUGUAAAUGUAUAAAUAUACAUUAAAUUAAAAUUGAGGAGGGGGGGGGGGUAGAAGUCUUUUAACAAAUGAUUGUACCUACUUUAAAGGGGUGAAAAGAAAAAAAAGAAGCAAAGUUCUGUUUUUACGUAUUCUACUGAUCUUAAAUUCUUCUGACGAAGUAUUACAGGAUGAUAAAAUUUAGCAGCAGUCAGGGUGCUAGUACAGUAAUUUAUCUGUAUUUUCUUUAGCACGCUCUUCUUAAAGAAUGUGUUUGGUUAGGUCCCAGUAAUCCUAUAGCUAAAUACAGAAGUAAUAUUGUAAAACCCCUGUAGUCAGCUCCAUGUCAAGUAUCCUAAUUCCAAAAUGAGUUUGUGGCGAGUCGGAUAGAGGGAAGUUGGAGGUGAAAAGGGGAAUUUCAUGUUGUGACUCACACUCAGUUAUGUACAGUUCAGGACGUAUUGUGAAUCGCUCAAGUAAAUGUUAAAAAAAAAAAAAAAAUUCUUGACAAUGAAAAAGCUAUUUUAAAAACAGCAAAUUUAUACUAAUUUAUUGUUCAACCGUUGUCAGCAUACUUGUUUUUCCUUAGCUAUUUUCUAAUGCAUUGUGUCGUACAAUUCAUGACUCUUUUGGCACUUAAUGAGAGAUGAGAUGUCAUCUCUCGUCAAGUACAUUGCAAGACUGGGCUUCAUUGCUGUAAUUUUUUUCUUUCAGUGUACAAACUUAACAGCAUUUAGAGAAAAAAUGCACAAGCAAAAAACAGAUAAUGUAAGCAUAGUGUGUUAACAGUACAUAUUUUUCUCCAAACAAAUGCAUCAGUGUGUAUUAUGUGAUACUUUUUUAAAUUUAAGAAUAAUAAAUUGAGAUAAGUUUUAA